AUGUUCGCUGCACGAGUGUCAUCUUCAUCUUCCAGAUUCUUCUCUUCUUCAAUCGGAAAGACUUGUUCACUCUCUAGAUCCUCGAUUCCUUCCUUUUCUCGGUUAUCAGUCCGAUCAAUGGCCGAUUCCGCUUUCAAGAAAAUCCAGAUCCAAAGAGAUGACACUACGUUUGAUGCCUAUGUGGUUGGUAAAGAUGACGCGCCCGGGAUUGUGGUGAUUCAAGAAUGGUGGGGUGUUGACUUUGAGAUCAAGAACCAUGCUAUCAAAAUCUCACAGCUUGAGCCUGGCUUCAAAGCUCUCAUCCCCGACCUGUAUCGAGGAAAGGUUGGUCUUAAUACUGCAGAGGCACAGCAUCUAAUGGAAGGCCUUGACUGGCCAGGUGCCAUCAAAGAUAUCAGCGCUUCUGUUAACUGGCUUAAAGCCAAUGGCUCAAAAAAGGUUGGUGUGACUGGGAUGUGCAUGGGAGGGGCUCUAGCUAUAGCUAGCUCUGUUCUGGUUCCUGAGGUCGAUGCUGUUGUUGGAUUCUACGGAACUCCUUCCUCGGAGCUUGCGGAUCCAGCACAAGCCAAGGCACCGGUUCAGGCUCAUUUUGGAGAGCUUGACAAUUUCGUUGGUUUCUCUGAUGUCACGGCAGCGAAGACUCUUGAAGAGAAGCUGAAAGCGUCGGGAGUGGCGCACGAGGUUCACGUAUAUGCAGGGAACGGGCACGCGUUCUUGAACAGGAGCCCUGAAGGAGUGAGCAGAAGGAAGAGCAUGGGACUUUCUGAUGAAGACGAAGCUGCCGUGGAGCUUGCUUGGUCUCGCUUCAACUCUUGGAUGAAGCAUUACUUGGUUUGA